AGAGGGAGCCACUGCUUUCUAACGACACCGUCCUAAUUGGCUCCUUAGAAGGAAGAUCAGGAUGUUGAUAACGACUGCAUUACAGUGUAGUAACCAGUGCAGCUAGACAGGGUGCGGGAGGGGAGGGCUCGGAUUGGGUACGGGGAGACCCCAGCGCACUGCCUCACGGAGGGGUCAAGACGACUCGGCGGCUAAAGGUCAGCGGGAUCCGGGGACCUCAGUCUUGCCUGUCAGGAGGAUCGGAGCGGUCGGUUGAGGCGGCGGAUAUGGAAUGAGCCGGACUCCGGGGAAGCUGCACGCUGGUGUUGCGGUUUAUCCGCUCCUCCGGCCCGUGGCAUGGUGCUGACAGCAGCCCGCAGCCUAUCCCCAGCCAACAGCAUGGAGACGGCGCCUGUCACAACAGUAAGCGCUAAGCCAAGCAUUCCAAAACCUGUGGAUGUAAAAGAUAAUACUGAAAAGUUCUGUCCUGUCACAGUGAAUCCACGACACACCAGAAAAGCGUUCAAGGUUAUGAAUGAAUUACGAAGUCAGAACCUGCUGUGUGAUGUGACAAUAGUGGCUGAAGAUGUGGAGAUCGCCGCUCACAAGGUCGUGCUUGCAGCCUGCAGCCCCUACUUCCAUGCUAUGUUUACAGGCGAGAUGAGUGAGAGCCGAGCUAAAAGAGUCCGAAUUAAGGAGGUGGAUGGGUGGACCCUGAAGAUGCUUGUUGACUACGUUUACACGGCAGAAAUAAAAGUCACAGAAGAAAAUGUUCAGGUCCUUCUGCCAGCAGCUGGCCUUCUUCAGCUCCAAGAUGUGAAGAAGACUUGCUGUGAAUUCUUGGAAUCUCAGCUCCACCCGAGCAACUGUUUAGGGAUCCGGGCUUUUGCAGACAUGCAUGCGUGUCCUGAUCUACUAAACCAAGCGAACACAUUUGCAGAGCAACACUUUUCAGAUAUUGUGCCUGGAGAAGAAUUCCUUAACCUUGGAAUUGAGCAGGUUUGCAGCUUAAUCGCCAGCGACAAACUAACUGUUAUAUCGGAAGAAAAGGUGUUUGAAGCGGUGAUUGCUUGGGUCAACCACGACACAGAUGUGCGCCAGGAGCACAUGGCUCACCUGAUGGAACAUGUUCGUCUUCCUUUACUUUCCCGGGACUAUUUAGUUCAGAGAGUUGAAGAAGAGACUCUGGUGAAGAACAGCAGUGCCUGCAAGGAUUACCUCAUUGAAGCCAUGAAAUACCACCUCCUCCCAGGUGACCAGCGGACUCUGAUAAAGAGCGCACGAACACGGCAGAGAACACCCGUCAGCCUUCCCAAAUUAAUGGUGGUAGUUGGAGGUCAAGCCCCUAAGGCUAUCCGCAGCGUGGAGUGCUAUGAUUUUAAAGAAGAACAGUGGCAUCAAGUAGCUGAAUUGCCUUCCAGAAGGUGUAGAUCAGGUGUGGUGUACAUGAACGGUCACGUUUUUGCUGUUGGUGGAUUUAAUGGUUCACUCAGGGUACGCACAGUAGAUUCAUAUGAUCCAGUAAAGGACCAGUGGACUAGUGUGGCCAACAUGCAGGACAGAAGAAGCACCCUAGGGGCAGCAGUUCUAAAUGGCCUUCUCUAUGCUGUUGGUGGAUUUGAUGGAAGCACAGGUCUAGCAACUGUGGAAGUAUAUAAUAUUAAAGCUAAUGAGUGGUUUCAUGUGGCGCCAAUGAACACCAGGAGGAGCAGUGUUGGUGUAGGAGUCGUUGGAGGCAUGCUAUAUGCAGUUGGUGGUUACGAUGGAGCAUCACGCCAGUGUCUUAGCACAGUUGAAUGUUAUAACCCAAGUACAAAUGAAUGGACUUACAUUUCAGAAAUGGGCACUCGACGGAGUGGAGCAGGUGUAGGAGUCUUGAAUGGGUCAUUAUACGCAGUUGGAGGCCAUGAUGGUCCUUUAGUGAGAAAAAGUGUUGAGGUUUAUGAUCCAUCUACAAAUGCAUGGAAACAAGUGGCUGACAUGAACAUGUGCAGGAGGAAUGCAGGUGUUUGUGCGGUGGACGGUAUGUUGUAUGUUGUCGGAGGCGAUGACGGCUCAUGUAACUUGGCGUCGGUAGAGUAUUACAACCCAACAACCGACAAAUGGAUACUUUUGCCAUCUUGUAUGAGCACAGGGAGGAGUUAUGCAGGUGUAACAGUUAUUGACAAGCCUUUGUGAUUUGGGAGAGGAAAUGUCAAAAUGUUUUUCUUAAGAAGGUGAAUCAGAGCGAAGUGCGGAUUCAUAGCCUUCCGUAUUGUGGCUUCAAGCUGAGACGGUGGAAGAGAAAAUCUGCAGUUUCCAUUAAGCACAGCGGUCACUGAAGAUUACAAUUGGUAGAAGUAAUGUGCAGAGUUAUUCUGUAUCGAGCAGCAGCUGUCUGGACUCUUCUCGAACUUGUCAAUUUUUUCUUUUUUGAAAUGUGACAAAUUGUAAAGCUGCUUUUCUAUUAUACAGUCGUUGUCAACCCUAGUGGAUUAUGGAAUGUGUUUUUGUAAAGAAGGUUUAAAAGGUUGUGAAGUCCUAUUCUGAAUCUACGGCAGUGGUUUUAGAAAACCCUGUUCCUAGGUGGAAAAAAAAAACAAUGUAAAGCAUUUACAAUGAUGUAAAAAUGAACCAAGUGUAUGUGUGACUGUGUGUGUGAGUACUGUAUAUUUGUAGAUGCUGCUUUUAUGAAAGCAGCCCAGCUGUGGGGUAUAUGCACUAUUUAUAUAUGGCACAGUCGUAUGAAAAUUGCCAGUACUAUGUUGAGACUGAUCUGUAUUUUUGUUUUGUUUUUUACACAUAUUUAAAAUUGCCUAGGUGCUCAGUGGCACUUUUGAGGGGAACAAUAUGUAUAUUGCCAAAAUGUGUUUUUUAUAUAAAUUUGAAACUUGGAACAACUAUUUAUGAUGCUCUAUAUAUAUAUCAUUUUGCACAUAUUCAUGGUAACUCCUAUUUUUGUGAUAAAAAUCUUUAUAAUAGCAUGUAAGUGAUGAUUCAUGGGGUUUUUUUCCCAAUAGGUUUGUGGGUUUCGACUGAAAUUGCAUGAUUUGGUUAAUUGUUUUUUUGCUAAUUAUUAUUUUUAAUCCAUUAAGUUAUUUUUUUCUUAAUUUACAAGGAGUUAAAUCCACUGUGUUUGGCAGGUAGUUAGUACCAGUAAUGUGAUGAUAGAAAUGACAAAUUAUACAUUUUUAUUUUGAAUGUCCCAAAAAUGAAUGACCCUACUCAAUAUCAUCAGAGUAAAACGCUGUACUGCAUACCUUUUUCAUUUUAAUAAAUACAGAUAUAACUUCUGAUCUAUCACUGUACAA